AUCUAAAUUUGAUAGAUGGCGCAAUUGUACUUCCUGUAAAUUGAGACUAAGAAUGGCUUUUGUAUAAUAAUGAAUAAGAAGUGGUAUAUCAAUAUCUUAAUAAUUUUUGCCCAUAUAUCCUUCUUAUCUUCUGUGCCUGUUUGUGAGUCUGGUACAUUUGGAUGGCAUUGUAAGUUUCUGUGUCAUUGUGCCGAGGGCAGCUGUGACCCAGUCACCGGGGCCUGUCCCUCAGGAUGUAAACAGAACCGCUACGGCCCUGGAUGUCAGCUCUUAUCGGUUUUCCGUUACUCGUCGGAGGCUCAUGGAUAUCAGGGGAACACAGACAGAACUGGUGAUGGAGAGAAAUGUGUUCCAUGGAACAACACCAUAUUUAUCAAAAUGUAUGGAUUGAAAUCAUCAGAUUUUCCCGAUCAGGCAAUCCCUGGUGCCGUUUGUCGAAAUCCACUGAACUUCAAAAUAAGAAGUGAGGCAUUGGAAGGCAAAGGACCAUGGUGCUUCACCAACUUCAUGGAAAAAAAUGAAUAUUUCGGGUCAUGUAAUAUUCCAUUAAGAGGUUGUGAUUCUGGAAGGUUUGGUGAGAUGUGUGAGUUCGAGUGUCAUUGUAAGAAUGAGGACUCGUGUACUCGUCUAGGGACUUGUCCAUUGGGAUGUCAUCCUGGAUGGCUCAAUACAACCUGUCAAACACCUUGUGAGCCCGGUAACUAUGGAGAUGGUUGUGUGUCCAAGUGUGGAAACUGUAAAUCGGGACCGUGUGAUUUUGAGUCGGGGGACUGUGAUGGAGAGUGUUCAGCAGGCUGGAAGGGGAAACUGUGUAAAACUGGCUGUGCUGAUGGAGAGUAUGGGGAGAAUUGUUUGGAGACCUGUGGGGCGUGUCGCCGACCUCCAUGUGACCUCCGGACCGGUCAGUGUGGGGGGGGAUGUCUGGACGGCUACACAGGAAUUCUCUGUAAAACAGAAUGUGAAGCUGGAUAUUUUGGGACCAACUGUAGCAGGACAUGUGGCCAAUGUAUGACAGGAAGCUGCCAUUUUGUGACAGGGGUGUGCUCAGGUGGAUGUAAGCCUGGUUGGCAGGGGUUCGAAUGCCUGGAAGCUUGUGAUGACUUUACGUUUGGAGAGAACUGUUCCAGUAAGUGUGGGGCGUGUCGCGGUAUGACCCCCUGUGAUAAGGAGACCGGGCUUUGUACUGGGGGGUGUGAGGAGGGAUUUACUGGGGACCUGUGUAUAGAUUUGGUCCCGGUGGAGUUAUCAGACAACACAUCGAUGGGGAGUGUCAUUGGAGGGGUGGUGGCAGUACUGGUCAUUAUAGCCAUCAUCGUAAUCACCGUCAUCGUCAUCAGACGUAGAAAGUUACAGACUCUAACGUUUGGUAAAAAAGGACAAGAUGAAGAGAAGCGACCUGUGGAACUAACGCAGAGUAAAGAAACGGAUCAGCUGAUCGCUAAUGAAUCCUCUAUGUCUGAUCCCCAUGACGACACAGAUCCCAACCUGAAUGAACCAAUUUAUGCCAACGUCAACACCAAGAAACAGAGCAGUCCUAUCAAAGUGGCCGACCUGUUUGAUUACAUCCGAGAAAACAAGAAAAACGAGUGUGAAGGAUUCAAAAAAGAGUUCAACGAACUUCCACAUGGAUUAAUGGCACUCUGUGAUGAAGCCAAGAAAUCAGAAAACAAACCUAAAAAUAGAUACGGAAACAUCACAGCAUAUGACCACUCCCGUGUUGUAUUGGAUCCACUCCACAAUGAUCCCAACUCAGAUUACAUCAAUGCCAACUUCAUAGAUGGCUACAACAGGAAAGGAGCUUAUAUCGCCUCACAAGGUCCCACUAAAGUGAUGAUACGAGAUUUCUGGAGAAUGGUUUGGCAGAAAAGAGUCUGUAAAAUUGUCAUGCUGACCAACUUAAUGGAGGCCUGCAAGAAAAAAUGUGAGCAGUACUGGUCGGAGGAAGGGGCUGGUAAAUACGGGGACAUGACGGUGGAAAUGUUAGACACGGCAGUUUUUAAUGACUUCACCAUCAGAACCUUCAAAAUAGCUGCAAAUGGAGCGAGUCGUAUUGUGAAACAGUUCCACUUCACCAGCUGGUCCGAUCACGGGGCCUUGAUUUACCCCACCCCUCUGUUGACCUUCAGACGUAAAGUUCGGAUGUACAGUCCGGACAGCACAGCUCCUAUAGUGGUUCACUGCAGUGCUGGUAUAGGUCGGUCAGGGACGUACAUUGCCUUAGACUAUCUACUGGACCAGGCUAGAAACGAGAACAUUGUAGACGUCCUGAAGUGUGCUCAGCUGAUGAGGGCCAACAGAAUCAACAUGAUACAGACGUGGGAGCAGUAUGUGUUUGUUUACGAGACGAUACUGGAGGCCACCCUGGCAGGGGAGACAACUAUCGCUCACUCAACGUUCCUUGCUCAGUACGAGGAGCUGUGUCAGCCACCAGACAACGGGGGACCAACCAAAAUGGAGGAACAGUUCAAGGUGCUACAGAAAUUAACCACUAGUAUUGACAGUUCGCAGUUUAAAGAAGCAUUAGACCCCGAGAAUGUUAGCAAAAACAGAGUGAAAAAUAUUCUGCCAGCAAAGCGAUGUCGCCCAAAUUUGUACACUCAAGUAGAUGGAUGCAAUAACUAUAUUAAUGCCAUGUUUCUACCUGGCUACCUCCAUCGUGACUCCUUUAUCGUGACACAGAUGCCUCUGCCUAACACAGUGGCUGACUUUUGGAGAAUGCUGUAUGACUAUAAUUCCCACACUGUAGUCAUGCUGAAUGAGUUUGAUAGAAAUGACAAGAGUUGUGCCUUGUACUGGCCGGAGGAGUACGGUUAUACAGUGGAGUACGACCCUCUCAGUAUAGAGUUACUGUCCUCUACUGAAGAUAACAAUGUCUCCAUCAGAAUCUUCAAACUCAGUAAUCGCAUCAAA